GGGAUUGCAUAAUCAAAAUGUAACAGUGAAUGCGCGUUUUGUCGUAUAUAAAAAAAAAAAGUGCCCUUGAGGCGGUUAAGCUGCUCCAGUGAAUAAUUCAGAUAUGGAGGACAGUGAGCAUGAACCCCUAUUAAAGCAACCUGUGAACGCUUUAGAAUUAAGUAAAGGUGACAAAAGCAACAGUAGUGAAGAAGACAAAGAAUUUUCAUUCUCUAAAAUUACAAAGCAAAAGAAGAUCCUCCUGGUAUCCAUGGCCAUGGUGAACUUCUUCAGUGUCACUUGUUAUUCACUAUUAGCACCAUUCUUUCCAGCAGAGGCAGGAAAGAAAGGUGUUUCACAAACUGUGGUUGGAAUGAUAUUUGGAGUAUUUGAGUUUGUUAUUUUCUUGACAUCCCCCAUAUUAGGAAAUUAUAUUACAAAAAUUGGGUCAAAGUUCAUGUAUCUCUCGGGUACCAUGAUUGGAGGUACAUGUGCCAUAUUAUUUGGAGUGUUAGAUAAAAGUCCUGAUGGAACUACCUACAUUGUAAUGUGUUUUCUGUGCCGUACAAUAGAAGCGUUUGGGUGUUCACUGUUUGUAACAGCCAGUUUUGCCAUCAUAGCUACCGUGUUCCCUGAUCAUGUUGCCACCGUCUUUGGUGUUUUAGAGACAUUCAGUGGACUUGGUCUUAUUGUUGGACCAGCUGUAGGUGGUGCCCUCUAUCAGUUGGGAGGAUUUGGGUUGCCAUUCUUUGUAGUUGGUUCUAUAACAGUACUUAAUGGAGUACUUGGCUAUUUUCUACUUGGGCAUAUUGAUGAUUCUCCAAGACCCAAGACAAAAUCUAUCCUUCAUCUUCUGAAAAAUCCAUAUACAUGGGUCAUUGCUUUAACUAUAUCAGCUGGAAGUUUUUCUUUAGGAUUUCUUGAUCCUACUUUAGCGCUUCAUGUUGAAAAGCUACCUGAGUUGAAUGGUAAAACAGCACUGAUUGGACUGAUGUUUCUUAUAUCUGGUGGUGUGUACUCUUUUACUGCUCCUCUCUGGGGAUAUCUUACUGACAAAAAGGGCAAUGUGAAGACCAUGAUUGUAUUGGGAGGUUUGGUUGGGGCAGUUGGCUAUUUAUUAAUUGGACCUACUCCUUUGAUAGAACAGUUACCUUUUGAACUGUGGUCUAUCAUUUUAUCAUUGGCAUUAAUGGGGCUGGGUAUAGGAUGUGCAAUCAUUCCUACAUUCAGAGGCUUGAUAGAGUCAGCAAAGGAACUUGGAAUGGAGGAAAAUAUGGACACUCAUGGUAUGGUCUCUGGACUUUUUAAUUCCUGCUUUUCCUUAGGGGCAUUUAUGGGGCCCACUGUAGGGGGAGUUUUUGUGGAAGAAUUUGGUUUUGAUUGGUCAGCAACAGGCUGUGCAGGAUUGAUUACCCUCUCUGUAAUUGUAACAACAAUAUAUGGUCUUUUGAGAUUUAGAUCUGAGAAGAAACCUCAUCUCAGACAAGGUUAUGAAAAGAUUUUAAAUAAACCUGUCACAAGUAAUGUAUGAUAACUGCCAAUUAUAGUCUUUUUUCCAUGAAUAUUCUUUUUAUAAAGCCAAAGUUUACAUUUUUUUUACUUAAUGAUAUUAUUUUCACACACACAAACAUAUUUAUAAUGUAUUGGUUUUCUUGCCUUUGAAGUAGGAAUCAUACAUGUUCUUAUCCAGUGUAUUGGCAUACAAUCAAAUUUUGUGUUUAAAUAUUAUUCCAAAGACUUAGUAGAGUAUACUCAGGUUCAUUGUAUUUAUGCAGAUCUGAUGUUUCUGUAUAUAACAGCAAAUACAUGUAUUCAAUAGAUUAUUUUUCAUUUGAAAGUUACUUAAAAUCUAAGAAAUACCAUGUUUUUAAAGACCUUGUUAUUACUGAAUCUUAAAAGUUUCGCUGAUAAUUAUUUAGUUUUCAUAUGAAUAGAUAUAUGUAUGAUAUG